AUGCGUGCUGACCAAUCGAGACGGCUUAGGCAGGCCCAGUUGAAUAAAGCCAAAGAUGUGGACUUUAUCAAGAGCAUAGGAGGCCCUCUUGGUAGAUUGGGGAAGGUCAUUGAUAAGUACUCAUCCCCUAGUUCCUCGAUAUGGGUGCCGCCGCUUAGGGAUGGUGUCGUGGUCAGUAAUGUUGGUGAUAUCAUAGCACCAGCAUUGGAGAGGUUACUCACUUCGAAGGACUUGGAUCAUUGUCCGGGCCUGAAGGAGGCCCUUGUGACCAGGAAGCCCCCUGUAGAUGUACGGGCUCAACUUCCUGUGUGGAGUAGAGCGGACAAGGAGAGGCAGCGAUUGGUAGAGCUGGGGGUGAAACUACGGAAGCUCAACUGUUUGGCGUCUUUGAGGGAGGAGGGUGCUGAGGAGGCGAAGGAAGAGGAGGAACAAGUGGUGGUGGAGAAGGCGGAGGCGCAGCCGACCGAUGAGACUCUUUGUAAAGGGGACACGGUCUGUGUGGUCGCUAUGAAGUUCCCAGAGGUAGAAAGGGCUGAGAAAGCAAGCGUGAUGGUGACACGGCUGAUGCGAGGGCGAGCACUACAGAUUAAGAUGUACGAAGGGAGGAUGCAACGACAGGACCUCAUAGACGAGCUCAUGUAUAUGGACGGGCAUUGCUCUGAUUCGCCUGGAGUACAAAGGUCAGUGGAGGAUAUGGAUGAAACUGAUCCUAUACCCCGAGCUGUGGAGACAGAGGCGGCCUUGGAAGCUGUUGUUGGUCGGUCAGUUGGUAAGGUUCUCGACGAGUUGAGCCGGGAAAGGUCUCGACGAGUGAAUUAUAAUAGGAUCGCUAAGAUGGCGACACACGCUGAAGGGGUUAGACGUAGACGGGAGUGUAAGGAGGCAGGUCGUCGUCAAGCUAUUCUACGGUUGAGAUCCUAUGAGGAUAGCUGUAGAAGUGAUGUACAGACUAUGGUGCAAAGGGAAGCUGAUUCGGUGGUGAGGGAGGUCAUGGGGAGAGCGGUCAGUGAGAGUUCGAAUCAAACGGCACUAGAGGAAGCUCGAGUGGCUGCUAGAAUUAUUGAUCCUCUUCUGAACGCGAUGGAGGAGGAAGAGGGUGGUCCGGACGAUUACCAGGAUGUUGUUUUGGGUCGCCUUAUGCAUCAGUUCUUAAUACCCCAUGUAGAACGUCGACGAGUUGAGGCGGGUCUGGCACUUCACCAAGGUCGAUUCGCCCAUGCAGCGCGGAGGGCAACGGAGGGCACUGUGAGGCUACUGUGGAUUGCCGUGGUCUGGAAUCCUAUCAGUACUUUGUGCAUCAUCAUCAGCAGCAGCCCCAUGCUAGCAGGUUAUAACAGCGCGUCCUCGGAUAGUGACAGUGAUGUUGACGAAAGGAAAGCUGUUGGACCUCUGCCGUCUGCCACCUCGGCCUUGGCCGAUUACGACACUACUGUGGGGUCGCGGAAAAAACAGAAAAUGGAAGAUACAAUCAAAGCGUCAUCAGAUCAUGUGUCGAGUUCUAUGAAUCCUGAGGUUAGGAGCACUGGUAGUGGUUUGAGAGCUCCUUUGCUUACUGGAGGCGGCCUGGCCCCGGUUGGUAUAGAAAUAGGGGAGGUAGAAGUAGCGCGAGCGAGUGUUUGGGAUGAAGAGCCUCCAGAGGCGCAGAAGAAGAAUAAGAAACGUAGUGAGAUGGUUGAGAUGAUGCGGGGAAUAGGAGGGGUCUCUUCGAGGGAGUUGAAGAAUAUUCAGCAGCUCGGUGCAACGGCGUUGGACAUAGAUCCUACUUCACUACAGGACGAUCAUUGGUAUGAGGCCCAACAAGCUAAUGAGCAGGCUCAAAAGGUGCAAGAGGCGGCCCUUGGGGAUUUCUAUGAUAACACGAAGGGUGCGAAACAGGCUAAUCCGGGUGGGAGUGUUGGGAAGAAUCAUAAAAGGAAGCAUCACAUCAACUGGCUAGCCGAGGACACUAUCGAUAACGGUGCGAAGCGAUUGUUGGACCUAGGCACGCAGGCUGGAAAGAGAGGCCAGACAGCUCGGAAGUACGGCUGGUAA